AAAGAUUUCGGGAUUUACUGCUUCUACAUUCCAGUCAAGAUACAGAGAUUCUGCCCAUCUUUCAGCAGAGGCGCUAUCCCAAACUGUAUGUGGAUGGACCUUUUGGAAGCCCCUUUGAGGAAUCCCUGAACUACGAGGUCAGCCUCUGUGUGGCUGGAGGUAUUGGAGUUACACCAUUUGCAUCAGUACUCAACACACUGCUUGACGGCUGGAAAUGCUACAAGCUCAGAAGACUCUACUUCAUUUGGGUGUGCAGGGACAUUGAGUCUUUCCGCUGGUUUGCAGAUCUGCUCUGUAUGUUGCAUAACAAGCUUUGGCAGGAGAAUCGACCAGACUAUAUAAAUAUCCAGCUGUACCUCAGUCAAACAGAUGGAAUACAGAAAAUAAUUGGUGAAAAAUACCAAGCUUUAAACUCAAGGCUUUUGAUCGGACGCCCCCGGUGGAAACUCCUUUUCAAUGAAAUAGCAAAGUGUAACAGGCGGAAGACCAUUGGAGUUUUCUGUUGUGGACCAAACAAAAUCUCUAAGAUACUUCAUAAACUGAGCAACAGCAGCAACUCGUAUGGGACAAGGUUUGAGUAUAAUAAGGAAUCCUUCAGCUGAAAGCCUGUUGGACUAGCAAGACUCUCUAGAAGAUGAAAGUGCAAUUUUUUGUUUGUACAACUUAAAAGUUCAGCUGUGGUUUAAACAGACAGAAAUGUACCAAAGAAUAGCACAGAUUUUCUUAUUUAUGAUUAUUUAAGACUUUGGAAAAUGGUGGAUGCAGCAGUAUACCAACAAAUAGUAAGUGCUUAUGCUCAAACCCAAAUGUGCUCAUGCAAUAUUUGUGGUGAUUCUUUGGAGUUGUUUCUGUUAAUUAAAAACUACAGAAGCUGGGGAGAGACACAAUUGCUUUAAAAGCUGAUGAAGGAAGGAUCUGUGGAAUGUUUGAACUUCUUCCACUUCAGUCCUCUGAAGACGGAUCAGUAAACCAAACCCCAGGUUAAUCCAAAUGACAAAACAUAGUGUGUUACAAAGACUAUUGCUUUUGUUGGUAUACAAAUCUCACGGCUUUGGGGUGGCAACA